CAUCCGACUGUAGUUCUGUUUUGCUUCCUUAACGCACAUGAGACCAACCAACGUGGCUUUUGCGUUUGACAAUAUAUAUAUAGUUUUUACAGCUAUUAAACAUAUUUACACGUUUAUUACUGAAACGAUUUCUAUACAAGCACCGCCAUCAACGAAACAAGCUGUUUGACUUGUAAAAUAUCUUCUGAUUGGAGACAAACUGUCCUCCCGGGACCAUGUUUAAUGAGGAUGAAGACUGGAGUGACGAACAAGACGCUCAGGUCCUGAGCAAAACUGUACUCGGAAACACACAGAAGACGUCCAGCCGAACUGAUGUCAAGUCCAAGUUGGUUGGAAAGAAGAGCCUGCUGCGGACCCUGCAGACUCUUGGGUCAGUACCAGACUGGAAGAACGACGACCAUCAGCAGGGCAGCGACAGCGAGGGCGACGUGGUCCCAACACACAGCAAGAGAAAGAAGAAAAGAAGUAAGAGGCGAAGGCAAGCGGAGACCACAGGAGAGCAGCCAAACAAUGAAGACUUGGAUCCGGCUGUAAAUGACAAGAAACCUGCAAUAAAAAAGAGGAGGUUAGAAAAGACAUUAACUGGCCUGAAGUUAAGAACAACAUCUGAGAAAGAAACAUCCAACAAAAAAAAUAUCAUAUCCAACCCAGACAACACAGAGAAACUGAGCAGACAACAGUGGAAAACCAAAAUGAAGAACAAGAGGAAAUGCAAAAAUAAAUACAGUCAGGAUAAGCCCAAGAUGGAAGUCAAUAAUGCUGAAUCUGCUGAGCAACACAAGCUGAAGGAAGAAGUCAAACUAGAUUCAUAUAGUAAAAAUAACAUCAAUAGUCAGACACCAGCCAAGAAAAAUGAAAAGAAACGUAAACUCCAGAAAUUGAAAAAGACAGAACUGGAUAAAGACUCAUCCGGUGCACCAGACACGCAUGCGCUCAGAGAGGAAAAGAAGCAAAUUGGUGACAAAGUUAAAAAAGACGCAAAUACGUCUUUGGCUUUGGGAUCAAAACAGAAAGCAGCUCUUCCCCAAGUGAAGAUCGCACGUGAGCAGCAACAGCCACCAAUAAAAAGACUAAAACCUCAGCUGAGCAAAGCAGAGAUUCUGAAAAGAGAGAAGCUACGGAAAUUGAUGAACACAAGGGAACCGGUCCAACAGGAGAGUCCCGCUGAGACGAAAGAUGAGCCUGCGGUAGAAGAAGAGGCCAAACAGGACCGCUCUGCCUCCCUGAGGUCCCGCGUGGAGCAGCGUCUGGAUUCGGCCCGUUUCCGAUACAUUAAUGAAGUUUUGUACAGCACGUCCAGCGGCGAGGCAAAGCGUAUGUUCCAGCAGGACCCCGAGGCCUUCGGGAUCUACCACAGAGGGUACACGGCGCAGGUUCAGAGAUGGCCCGCCAACCCAGUGGACGCCAUCAUCUCCUUCAUUCGACAGAAACCUCCCUCUCUGGUGGUGGCAGACUUUGGUUGUGGUGACUGUAAAAUAGCGCGCAGCGUGAAGAACAAAGUGCACAGCUUCGACUUGGCAGCCGCCUGCGAUCUUGUUACAGUCUGUGACAUGGCCAACGUUCCACUUCGCGGCGGCUCGGUGGACAUCGCUGUGUUCUGCCUUUCUCUUAUGGGAACCAACCUGGCCGAUUUCCUAGCAGAGGCCAACCGCGUGUUAAAGAGAGGGGGUGUCCUGAAAAUAGCAGAAGUGGCGAGCAGGUUUGAGAACGUGCGGAACUUCGUCACUGCGCUGACAGGUCUGGGAUUCAAGAUAGUGACCAAGGACACACAGGCCACACAUUUCUACUCCUUUGAAUUAGUGAAGGUGCAAGAUGCUCCAGAAAAUAUAAAGAAAUUUGGACUGCAGUUGAGGCCCUGUCUCUACAAGAAAAGAUGAAUGUGUCUCAAGAAUUCAUGGACUAUUGAAGCAGUGUGUUCUUGAAUGUUCAGCUUCAAUCUACUGUUUUACAAAGCGGCAAUUGUACAUUUGUGUCUAAAUGUAUUGUUCUUAAUUGCUACACUUUGAAGCCUCUGUAAUUCACAGAUUUGACACCUGAGUUUUCUGCAUUAAUUGUACAUUGUUUUUCAAACAUCAAUGUAGAUAUGUGCUCAUUAGUAAAACGGUAUUUUAUUUCAAAGAAAGCCUAAACAUACACUCACCGGCCACUUUAUU